CUGAGCCACUGUGUCCCAAUUCAUCAGACUAGACAUACACAAUUCCUACAACUGUUCUUCAUAUGUUUUAGCCUUUAUGUUUUGUUGCUAUUCUGUGAAUGCUGUCCAGAGUCUCAACAUCUUUUUGAUACCUUGAUGACCAAAACUGAACAAAGUAUUCCAGGUGUAAUCUUAGUAAGGCUCUUCCUGCUAAACAGCUUCUCUGUUCAUAAUCUGGAAGAUCUUUGAUUAAAUCAUUCAUAGUACUAAUUAGUCAACCUGAAUACCCCUCUUUGGAAAGCCACACCCACAACACCUACUAUUCUUAAAAUUCCCUGAUUUUUGGAAAACCUACUUUGUGUUCAAACAGCCAGCAGGAGAAAAGGACAGAUUUGGGUACAGAUAUCCUCAAAGAUUUAAGGUUUGUUGAGUUUACUUUUCUAAAUCUAUCCUCUCUCUUCCUUUAAGAGGUAAGUUAAGAGAGUCAGGGAUUUUAUUUCCUUUGGCAGGGGAGGGGAACCCUAGGAAUAUUUAAAUCUACAUUCAAUUCUCGUUUUAAGAAGCAACUUAAUUGUUUCUUAUUAAUUGUUGAAAUUUUUACGCCCCAAAAUAAAAGAGCAAAGAGGAAAAACUUCAAAAACCUCAAGUGCUCAACAUCCGAAAAGUGUGGGGUUAUGCAGUUUAUGAAUACCUAUAUCUGUCUGUCGGUGUAUGCACUCUUUUAAACAAACAUUUAAGUCAGUUUGCUUAAAAGGAAAAGGAAAUGAAGCAUAUCUUAGAAAGCGAAAUUACUAUGGAUUCUUUACAGACCUGCUUCAACAAUAUUUGUUGCUUCGGACAGAGAAACGGGGUGUAAAGGAGAAUAUUGAGAAGUUCAGGGUUGAAAAUAGGGACCCUUGGUGCUAUCUGAGCUUGGCUGUUUUUUUUUUAUAGACAUUUCAUGGCCCAGCACUGAUGAUAUUAACUAGUUUGGUAAUGAAACAUCUGCAAUUAAAAAAACAAACAAACUCAGGGACCCUUAAGGACCCUUCAAAGGGACCAAAGUUUUUCGCUCCAUUUUCAAGCCAUUGAUGUUAUUAUUCGAGAGAACACCGGCAAAACCAGAGCACGAUUCACAUGUGCAAUCCUUUCACGGGGCCAAGGAGAGCUACUAUGAUGUGGGAUCACGUGAUAUGAAUUAAUGUGGCAAUUUUUGAGCACCGCUGGCUGAAACCCAUCUGUGGAAUCGUUUCACCCAGCUUGCACGGAUGGUUUUCGCCGCGCGUCAGACUCCAGGGUAUGCAUGCUUAUCAGAAGAUUAACGGAGAGCGCCAGAAAAAACAGGAACGCGGCUGCAUUGGAUCAGCCUUAUUAUCUAGGGUUAACGGGACCAUAAUUUUUCCAGGUCAGGCGGUAAGGAAGAUUCGGACUAAAUGCGAUGAAUUAAGCCACUGCUCUAAACAGGCGCUUCGAAUGAUUCAGUAAGAAUUGUACAGUUUGAUUUAAAGAAACAGGGACCAAAAGAGAGAGAGAGAGAGAGAGAACCCAUCAUGAAUAUUCAGGAUUAUUUCGAAAGAAUUUGUUAUAAAGGUUCCCAGGAAAAAGUAGACUUGGAAACCUUAACCGAGGUUUUUCAACAUCACAUCCGCGCAGUCCCCUUUGAAAAUCUCAGCCUCCACUGUGGCGAAACCAUUCCGUUGGAUUUAGAAUCGGCGUAUGAUAAAAUUGUGAAGCGCCACCGUGGCGGGUGGUGCAUGGAGAACAACCAACUUCUGUCGUGGGUCUUCCAGAUCAUGGGCUACAAAGUUGGCCUUUUAAGCGCUCGCGUUUAUAACCCGGAGCGAAAGGGUUACAGUGAAGAUGACAACCAUCUUCUGAUCAAAGUCGUCCUUGAAGGCAAAACCUACAUUGUGGACGGUGGUUUCGGAAUGGCUUAUCAAAUGUGGGAACCCAUGGAGCUGGUUUCUGGGAAGAACCAACCUCAGACCCCAGGAAUCUUCUGCUUCACAGAGAAGGAUGGAGUGUGGUAUUUUCACAAAGUGAAGCGCAAGAAAUUCAGGAUGGAUUCCGAGAACAGCAUUCCCUGCCCUGACGUUAUAGAAAACGUGACCUGCAAGGACAUUUAUUUGUUUACCUUGCAACCAAAGAUGAUAGGUGACUUCCGGAUGGCCUGUUUGCAACUCCAAACUGAUCCGAGUUCUAUGUUUUUAAGGAAAUCCAUCUGUAGCCUCCAGACUACGGAUGGAUUUCUAGCCUUGAUUGGGUGGACGCUGAUUGAAACCAAAUAUAAUUAUAAGGACGACACGGAUCUAGUAGUAGGCACGGUCCUGACAAGUGAAGAAGUGCAGAAAAUCCUGAAGGAGCGAUUCAAGAUUCGGCUGGACAAAACGUUUGUCCCUCUUAACACCUGUUCGGGACCCGUGUUUUGAUUCAGGUGGCCAAGGGUGAACUUUGCUCAACUUCACUUCGGUUCAUCCUAAAGAAAUGAAAUUGGGAAGCAACUUUGGAGAAUGCUCACCACAAAAAGAUCCAAAGUGGCGGACACUUUAGGGAAGAUGUUGCUGUAUUUUCUUGGGCAGGUUCGGGUCAAUUUAGAGAGCAAAUGAAGUCCUUUACGCAAGUUGAAUUUGCUGGGGUGUAGGCUUUGCCACAGGGUUAGCAAUGUUAAGUCUACUUCGAAGUAGGAAAAG